AUGUAUCACUCGGCAGAGCUACGCCCAGUAGCUGCGAAGAACAAGGUCGACUCGAACUUGAAAAACCAACGGGGAUUCCCAGAAAGCGGCACUCGAGCUUGGAUGGUAGUUCUGGGAACCUUUUGUGUUAGCUUUUGGACUUUCGGAUACAUGAACGCUUUCGGAGUAUUCCAGGAUUACUACACUAAGCAUUUUCUCGCCAACGAAACUUCAUCCAAUAUUUCUUGGAUUGGAACUGUGCAGGUUUGCUUUCUCCUCUCUGGUAGCAUUGUUGGUGGGCCAUUGUUUGGCCGAUACGGCGCUUCGAUCAUCCACGUGCCCUCGGUCACAAUAGUGCCGUCAGUAAUGAUGCCCUUCCUGUUCAAGAAGUACUAUCAAUUUAUGCUUGCCCAAGGUGUCUUGGGUGGGACUGCUUCCGGCAUGUUGUUCGCCCCCGUCAUGACAUGUAUGCUGAAAACCGAAUACUUGGGGUUCGGGUGGUUCGUCCGAAUUGUGGGCUUUAUCGUCUCGUUCAUGGUAUUGAUAGGGAUAGCAACUGUGAGAGAGCGACUUCCUCCUCGUCGCCGUAAAAUCCUUCUGCCGGCAGCCUUUACUCGCGCUCCUUACACUCUCGUCACACUCGGGAUCUUCUUCAUGAUGUGGGGGCUCUUUACUCCAUUCUUUUAUCUGCCGCAAUAUGGACAGUCUCUUGGCAUGGACCCGCAGCUCUCGUCUUACAUUUUAUCAACCCUGAAUGCUGGCUCCGUUUUUGGCAGAAUAUUGCCGGGGAUAAUUGCGGAUAGGAUUGGUCGCUUCAAUAUCUUGAGCCCACCUGCUCACCCCCUGCUCACAGCUCUGCUUAGUGAGCAGGUGAAAUGA